UCACUUCGGUAUCACGGAUAUCACGGAUUUCACUCGCCAGUCCAUCGACUCCAUCGACUCUGGGCAACUUGUCCCGUUUUGCAAUCACCAACUCCAAAAUGGCUGAACCCAAUACGAAUACCAACCAGCCAAACGGCGCCUCGACAAAUCCGACUACUCCUCUCCCCACAAGCACUUACAUGCCUCGAUACAUCGAUAUCGGCAUCAACUUGGCAGAUCCCAUCUUUCGGGGCCGCUACCAUGGCAAGUCACGCCAUCCGGAUGACCUCAAGGGGGUCAUAGGGAGGGCCGUUGAGGUUGGGUGCUCAAAACUUAUCGUUACGGGCUCGUCAUUCAAGAGCUCAAGGGACGCACUCAAACUCGCCAAGGAAUUCCCCGGCACCGUCUUCGCAACCGCAGGUAUCCACCCCUGCAGCAGCUCCAUCUUCAGCCCCUCCCACCACAAACACCACGACGAGAGCCAGAGCGAGGGCGAGGGCGAGGGAGAAGAGGCCGAGCACACCCCGGCCUGCGGCCCGGACCCAACCAAGCCGAUCCUCGACGGCGACGGCGUCGACCACGCCCGCAGCGCCAAGAUCAUGACCGACCUCGCCGACCUCAUCACCCAAGCCCGCAGCAGCAGCAGCAGCAACAGCAGCAACAACAACACCCCCGAGCUCGUCGCCUUCGGCGAGUUCGGCCUCGACUACGACCGCCUGCACUACUGCUCCAAAGAGGUACAGCUGCACUCCUUCGCCGCGCAGCUCGCCCUCGCCGCGUCGCUCGCCCCGCAGCUGCCGCUCUUCCUGCACUCGCGGGCCGCGCACGGCGACUUUGUGCGCCUGCUGCAGGAGGCGUUCGGCCCGCGGCUGGAGCGGCUGGAGAAGGGCGGCGUGGUGCACAGCUUCACGGGCACGGCGGAGGAGAUGAGGGAGCUGAUGGGUUUGGGGCUGUAUAUUGGGAUUAAUGGGUGCAGUUUCAAGACGGCGGAGAAUUGUGAGGUUGUGCGCGAGGUGCGGCUGGAUCGGCUGAUGAUUGAGACGGAUGGGCCGUGGUGUGAGGUUAGGCCGACGCAUGAGGGGUGGAAGUAUCUGGUGGAGUGGGAGGUGAAGGCGAAGGCGGCGGAGAAGGCGAAGGCGGAUGCUGCUGCUGCUGAGGCGGAAGCUGCGGCUGCGGCUGCAGCUGCGGCCCCUGCGGAUGCAGACACUCCGGUUGCCUCUGAAGUUGAAGGAGGGACAGGACAGCCGGGGCGGAGGCAGAGGCCCAAAAAGCAGCCACAGCAGCAGCAGGGGAAAAAGAAUCAGAAGAAAGAGUCCGAGGUUCCCGACCGGUACAAGGUGGUCAAGAAGGAGAAGUGGGAGGAGGGUGCCAUGGUCAAGGGGCGGAAUGAGCCGUGUACGAUUGAGCGGAUCGCCAAGAUCGUGGCGGGCAUCAAGGGGGUCUCUGUUGAGGAGGUGUGCGAGGCAGCGUGGGCGAAUACGGUCAAGGUGUUUGGAGUAGACUCAGACUCAUAGACUCGUUGGUUCCCGGGGGGUAUUGUUUCUUGCUGAUAGACUGGUUUCUUUUCCAGGCUUUGUCCAGCGAACAAGUUCGGGGUAUAUAGAGAUGAC